AUGUAUCUGCCCGGUUUCAUGAACUUUGUCAACAGGCUUACACCCACUUAUGCUGGUUUUGAACCCUUGGUUGUUGAAGAGGCGCUGAAGUACAAUGGUAUGGUGUUGGAUGAUACACCGAAUCUGCCACCAGGGCAAGAGAUUCCAGGAGUGAAGCUGGGCCAUCUCAUGGCAAUGAAACGUCACUGGCCAGCAUUCAAGCACAGUAAGAAGGCCUGCCGUAAGUUGGCGGAUGAGUUAUUUCGCAUGGAUUAG